ACGACCAUGAAGAAUUUAAGAAAAUGACCCGAAUGACACCAGAUCAAUUUAAUCUUUUAUACGGCAUGAUUGCACAUAGGCUGCAAAAGUUUAGUAUUAGACGACCAUUGCCAAAAAGACUUAGAUUGAUUGUGACGUUAAACUAUUUAGCACAUGGAUAUAGUAAUAGAACAACAGCAAAUUAUUUCCGAAUUGGUCAUUCUACUACUUACAGAAUAAUCCACGAAGUUUCUUCUGUUAUUUGGGAUUGUGUAUCACCUCGAUAUUUAAGAAUGAAGGACUCAUUUGACUGACAAAUUGUGGCCCGAGGAUUUUUUGAAAAAUGGAAUUUUCCAAAUUGCUUGGGUGCCAUGGAUGGCAAGGAAAUUCGAAUUAAAAAACCACCUUUCUCCGGUUCAAUGUUUUUUAAUUAUAAAAAAUUUUAUAGUUUUAAACUUUUAGCCACAUGCGAUGCACACUAUCGGUUUACCUGGAUCGACGUUGGAGAUUACGGAUCUGUAAGCGAUGUGUCGGCAUUAAAACAUACUGAUUUUUUCGUCGCACUUGAAAAUAAUGAAUUAGACUUACCACCCGCUGCACUGAUACCAGGAACAAAUAUUGCACUUCCUUAUGCUUUUAUUGGAGAUGCAAUAUUUCCUUUGAAAAAGUACUUGAUGAAACCAUUCGAUAGAAACCGUCAAUUAAAUGAGAGACAAAAAGCCUUUAAUUACAGAUUAGCAAGGGCUAGAAACACAAUUGAAGAUUCGUUUGGUCUAUUAAGCAAUAAAUGGCUUGUUUUAAAAGACAGUAUUGACUUCAAAUUGACUAAUGCCAUCACAAUCGUUCAAGCUGUGGUGUGUUUGCACAACUUUCUAUUAACAGAAGAAUUGUUACUAGAUGAAAGAGAUAGAAGGUAUGAAGAGCAUCAAGUUAGACAAGUUGGUGAAAAUAAUUUAAACGAGGAGAAUGAUUUUGAUAUUCCACAAGAAGCAAUAGAACAAAGGAAUGUACUGGCAGACUACUUUAUUUCAGAAGAAGCAAAAUGGUCCCAAGAGGGAACAAUUUUCUUUGUUGUCGUUUCUUGCCUUGAAACAACUGCAGCAGAUGAUAUAAUUGUUUCGAGUAGCUGUUUUCUCGAUCCUGAAGUAAUAUUUGAAAGAUUUGAUGACGGCAAUGAUGAAGAUGUUAUAUGUCUAUUAAGAGAAGAUGAUAAUGUUGAUACUGUUGUCGGAGGUAUUGAAGUUGAUGAAGACCAUUGUCUUUCUAAAGGUAUUGCUGAGAAAGUAGUAGAAUUCAAAAUUGCUGGAGUUGGUGGAGACAUACUCGUAAUAGGUUUUGAAGGAAAUAUUUUUGUUGAGAGCAUUGGAGUCGUACAAGGCGUUGUUACAGAAUUUGUUAAUGAUGUUUUUAAGGUGUUGACGAAUGAAGAAGCAUCAGAAACAGUAUUUAAGUUGGAAAUUAGAGAGGCUGAGGAUGAUACUGAAGGAAUCGACGAAGUAGAUGUUGCGAAAAGUGAAGGAAACUGAGACGGUGAAAAAGAUAAUGUUCAUGGUGUGGUUAAGGGUGUUAUCUUUAAAAGUCCAGAACCAGUAGAAGUACUAGGUGAAAGACAAGACUGAGACACUGAUGACAAUACUGUGCAAUGCAUAGUUGAUGGAGAAUUCGAAGUCAAUGGAAGGUUUUCAAACUCAUCAAUCGCAACGGGCAUUUCAUUCAUGGAGACAUCGCUUCCCAUGCCAAAAAAUUCAUAUGAAUCAUGGUGUUCUUCAGUUGUAGAAGUAGAUGGAUUGAUGAUUUGAUCAAUUGUUGAGCAAUUAACUGUUGAUGCACUUGAAGAAUUGCCUAUUACAAUCAAAAAUAUUUUUUAUCAAAUAAGUAACUAAAUAAUUUGGAAUAAUAUUUAACAAUCGGAAAUAGAGAAAUCGUCCAGGCCUUUGAUAUUAUUAAUAAAAAUAGAAGUAAUAAUUAUGUAACCAUAAUUGAUCUUUCUUUUCAAAAUAUUUGAAAUUUAUAACCAACUUUUCUUUAGCAAAAGAAAGUGUAAUAG